AUGAAGCUUGUUUGGUGCCCGGAGAUGGCUUUUAAGGCCUAUAUAGAUACGGUGAAGGCGGCCCAAAGGAGGGAGGAAAAGGAAGAGGGCGCCGCGGCGGAGCUCGUGGCGGCGAUGGCCGGCGGGUGGAACGCGAAGGUUAUUGUCGAGGCGUGGGAGAGAGGCAGCGGAGCUACGACAAGCGCCGGCUUAUCGGAAGCAGCGCGGCAUACCUGCGGGCGGCAUGUGUGCGUUCUACCGGAUGAGAGUGCUGCAGAGGAGUAUGCGACGGUGGUGAGAUCGAAGGCGGUGGAGGUGAUGGUCGGGGAGGCGGAGGAGGUGAUGCGGGAGUUGGAAGGGGUGGAUUUGGUGGUGGUGGAUUGGAGGCGGAGGGAUGCGGGGAGGAUAUUGAGGGAGGUGAGGAUGGGAGUGAGGGGGAUGGUGGUGGUUUGGCGGCAUGUUGGUAGCGGGAAGGGCAGGCCGGAGGUGGCGGUGGUGGGUUUGGGAGGAAGGAGGGUAGUGAGGUCUGCGUAUGUGCCAGUGGAAAGUGGGGUGCUGAUUCUGCAUGUUGCGGUGGGGAAAGGGCAGAGCAUUCCGGGAGGAGAUGGUCGGAAGUGGAUUCGACACGUGGAUAGGAAGACGGGGGAGGAGCAUGUUUUUCGGAGAUGUGGGUGAUUGUGGAUCAAGUAAUAGCAGUGUGUUUGAGUUUUUUGAAGAAAUGUUUUUUGUUCUCUUCUUCAUUAAGUUUGUAAAUAGUUAAAAAGGGUUUUGUAUGUGUGGUUUGAAUUAUAAUUAUGAAGGUAAAUUGUAGGUGUUAUUGCUAGAGUUGGCUAUAGGAAUAAUGGGUGUUUGUGAUGUAAAUGUUAGCUUGUGAGAAAUG